AUGACGGUUUACGACGUCGGGUUGGAAAGAUAUAGACAGUGGUUUAUAAAGACCCAAGAAGAGGGGAAUGGGGAGAAGGGUAGAAAAGGAUGUCAGGGACGUGUAGGAGAAGGUAGGAAAGGAAGUCAGGGACGUGUAGGAGAAGGUAGGAAAGGAAGUCAGGGACGUGACUUUACUGUACUAAACUGUACACUGUACAGUACAAGCAUGUACAAGAUGGGAAAUACUGUAGCAGUACAUCCACCCAAUUCAAGAAAUUCAUUAAAUACAAAUCCAGCCAACCCAACCAAUCAAUCUGAUCAAUUUGAUCAAUCGGAGGAUAAAUUUGGUCACAUGUUUGAAGAAUACGAUCAAUCUGAUGAAUAUGAAAAUUCACACCAAUUCGAUCAUUCCGAUGAAUUAGCUCGAUCCAUGGAUUCGAUCCAAUCAGACAAAUCAAUCUUGUCUGAUCACUCGAUCCAGUCCAGUGAAUCGAAUGAGUCCAACCUACUACCUGACCAACUAUCCCUUCUCCUCUCACUACCCUGCCCUCCACCCUGUCCUAAUCAUGAAGAAGUAAUGUCGUCUUCCAACCUGAAAUCAAGCCUAUGCUCUUCACUCCGUCCUACUCGUUCCCUGCACACGGAGAGUAUUCUCCGUCCUAACCUUAGUACAGAGUGGAACCUGGAGAACAUACCAGAUCUACCUUUUAGAUGCUUGCUCAAGAAACUAGGACGGAGAGAUAAGAUGACCCUGAGACAGGUUUCCGUCCUGCUCUGGGUCCGGGUUGACCAGCACGAUAGUUCUGUCAAGGGCUGGAGUUUCCGUCAGCUUAGUUCAGAUAAUCUAAACCUUUUCUCUGCACAGGUUCAAAUAGUAAAAGGAUUAAGUAUCCGCUAUCUCCGAAGAAAGAUUGAAGAUAAUUAUGAUACUGCUUUGAGGAACCUAGCUCAGCAACAUCCUGAACUAGAAUCAAUCAGGAAUAUUGAAAAAUAA